CUCACUAAAGUUAAUUUUCGGCAUAACCUUUAUAAUGCUUAGGAUGGGAGAUAAUUAAUUGCAGCUAAAAUGUAAAAAAUAAGUAUGCCUGAUUUGUAUGCUCUUUAUAUAAGUAAAAUAUAAAGGGAAAAGCAUGAAAAACAGCUUUAGGUCAUCGACUAGUCUUUUCGACUACUAGUGACUUGGUUUACGUAGUCGUCAGUAGGAAACAGUACACAUGCCUUUGAGAAGCUCCUCUUUAAAGCGCUGUUCAAAAUGAAACCCUCCUGCUACAGCCUCACAGAAAUUCAACGACGAAUAGAUGAAGUUAAGCGCUUUCUGUCGGUGACUCUCGCCGUCGCUAAUGCUCACACAGUCGAGUUUUUCACCCACGACGUGUGGAAGCGGUUCGUUGCUGUGUCGCCGCAGGAGGUCCUGUCAGCAGUCAGUUCCGGUAGUGACCAGCAGAGGGAGUCACAGCACAAAGAACUGGACCAUUCCAAGACUACAUUUGGGUUUUGCGUUAAUUCAAACCGCCUGGUUGAUAUCCAUGAGCUUCUAGAGGCAGCCAAGGCCCGAUCCCUUUCAGGCCUCGGAGUGUGUGUGAGCAGGGAUGAGCUGCUGCAGCACCUCAGAGGCAACGAGUUGGAUUCUGUGGAAAUCGCUACUGAACUGGAGCCAGAUGAGUUUAUGAACUCAAAGAAAUCCCAUGAAGUCCAGUGCAUGUCUAAGGUGGUGGCCUGUCUGGCCCGGCAUUGUGGAGUCAAACAGGUGAUAGAUGUGGGGUCAGGGAAGGGCUACCUGAGCUCCUUCCUGUCGCUGCAGUAUGGCCUUCAAGUGUUCGGCAUAGAUUCCUCCAGUACUAACACCCAUGGUGCUCAAGAGAGGAACAGAAAGCUCAAGAAGUUCUCACGAGCAUACCACAAAUGCACAAAAGCAGCAUGGACACAAGUGGAGGCCCCAUCCUCACGUCAAAAGGAGGUGGUUGAAAUCAAUCCUGAGCUGAAUCAGGACAGGGAUCCUUUAGCAGAAAGUGGGUGUCAGCAGGAAGAGAGGGUGUCAGUCAACGCUUCACCAGACACUGAGUCAGAGCUAAAUCUAGAAGCAGGGGAGCUCUUUCUGAGUGCCCUAUCAGCAGAUGUGAUUCAGCCUUCAUCCCCCAGAGUUCCUCCAAGUCAGCUCAGUGCUGAGGAGAGGGAAAGGAGAAAGAGAGAGAACCUGGAGAAGAAAACUUGGACCAGAGCAGAGGGCGUCAAUGGUGUGUUUUCACCUCUCACGUCUUAUGUCACAGCACAAACUGAGCUGCGUGAGCUCGUCACCGAGCUGGAGGAGGCUGUCGUGGUCGGCCUGCACACGUGUGGAGACUUGGCUGCAAGCACUCUGAGAAUGUUUGCGGCCAAGCCAGAGCUGUCUGCAGUCUGUGGCGUGGGCUGCUGCUAUCACCUACUGUCUGAGGAGUUUAACCUGGAUGGACUGGAGAAACCCUUGCAGACUGUGUGCGGUUUCCCUCUGAGUCAGUACCUCCGCAAUCAGUCCUGGUUCUGCGGCAGAAAUGCCAGGAUGUCAGCAUGUUUGGCGCUGGAGAGAGUCUCACUCGGCCAGGGUAUUCAGAUGGAGUCUUUGUUCUAUCGAGCAGUACUUCAUGUUAUUCUGAGGGACCACUACAGCUCCUAUAAAAGUGAAAAGCGGGUUGGAAAUGUUUAUUCCAGAGCAAAAUCAUUUGUGGACUACGUUCGCCGAGCUCUGCGCAGAUUAGAGCUGGAUGACUCAAAGCUCUGUGACAGUGACAUUCAGAGCUACCACGACACAUACGAAGCACGGAUGGACGAGAUGCAUGCUUUUAACCUGUUGAAAGUGACCCUUGCUCCAUGCAUUGAGGGUCUGAUUCUGCUUGAUCGACUCUGUUACCUGAAAGAACAGCUAGGGUGGAGAUGCAGUUGUUCCGGAGUGAAAAGCAUCGCGGAAACAUCCAUUGCUCACUUUGAAAGACUGAGGUUGUGAGGAAAUUUACUAAUGAGAGCAGGAGUGGAAGCAGACAUUUGGUAAAGAUUUUCCUGGCUGAACAAGAUAGACUGUGGAAAUUCGAUCUUAAACUUAUGUUUGUCAUACAAAUCAAUUUUGCAUUUAUUUUUGUGUUACGUUGUCACCAGAGUAUCUUUUAUGAUAGUUAAUUUCUCUCAUUGCUGUAAUUUUAAAGCGAUCUUGUUCCUUUUCUGUCUUAUUGUUUUAUGUAUUUUUCCUUAGUUUAACAUGUGGCCCAGUUAUGGCUUCUUAGAUGUUCUGAUCAUUUCAAAGUCUUAGAGGUUCGUCAACGUGGUCAUUUGUCUAUAUUAUAUGGGUGGGUUGUCUUUCACUCCUCAGUUUAGUUUAUUUAAAUUUCUGUCUCUAUUUAGGUGUUUUUCAUUUAUUUACAACUCACGUUUUCAUUACUUCUCUGUACUGAUUCCAUACUGGUUAUUGGUCUUAAAUCUGUAAUUAUUUUAUGUCAGAUUUGAAUGAUAUUUCACUUUGCACUUUGUAAUUAUUUUACUUCAUUUUGUCUACUAUUAAUCUUAACAGCGGUUUGCUGAAAUUGAUACUUUACUUACUAUUGGCCGAAAAUGCUAAAGAACUGAGCAAUGUUUUACAAUGUAAAGGUAAUGUUGCCAAAAAUGUUAGCUUUAGCAGUUUUUUCUAUAGGCAUCUUCAUACAAAACAUAAAAUUUCUACAAGAAUGAAACUAAUAGUGUAAUGUGAAUAGGUGGCACAUUUUGUGCUUUUCAACAUCAGUUUCAUCCUGUUCCAUUAAAGAAAAUACAUUAAACCUAAACAAAAAUACAAUUUGUGUUUUUGAUUAAAACAUCUAAACAAAUUUCCAGUAGGUAUUAUUGGAGCAAGUAGGUACAAUAAAAAAACCAGCUAUGUUGUUUCAAAGAGUUAUUUUGCUUUUGGGGCUUUAAAUUAAUAUUUUUGUAGCUGGACCAAAUAGAAAAAUGGCUCUUAGAGUUGCAAAGGUUGCUGAUCCCUGCUCUAUCACAAAAAAUCCAAAUAAAAAAACAUUAGUUUCUGCCUGUAACAUGGUAAAACAAAGAAAAGCUCAAGAGGUAUAAAUAAUUUUCCAACAAAGGCCUACUGUAUUCACUAUUGUUCAUGUAAACAGAGAACUCCUUAUAUUCUAAGUGGUCUUCCACAGAAUGAAUGAGCAGUGGAUCACCUUCUGGAGAGGUGUGAUAAUCUGUUAGUAAAGGUAAAUGUGAACAAAAUCAACAACAUGGCCAUUGGCUACCUGAAAACCUCUCAUUCAAUCAGUCCAACUAUAAUUAAUGCAACAUUAGUAGCAACAGAACUUGCACUCCUAUUACAACUUGUUUAUAAUUGUUGAUGAGAGCCUUAACUUUAACGUGCACACAGCCAUAUCCUGCAAGACGGGUCUGCAGAGACUGUUCUUUCUGUGAAGACUUAGUCUAAACACUGAUGCUUUGUUUCUUCUACAAACCAUUCAUCGAGUCUGUUUUGUGGUAAUCCUUUGCAUUGUGUCUUAACAUGGCUACAUGUGUUGCUAAAAUUGCUGUGAGAACAGGUUGAUUUUAUCCAGUGGAGACCUUUCUUUAUGAGAGGGAUUUGUGUACCUACUCCCAUCUGAUAGGAUGUACAGGCGACCUAGGGGGAGUUUAAUAAAUGCACUUCAUCAAACAAACCUUCUAUAGCAUUUUGAGUACUGCAUUUAAUUUAAUUUCCCUUUGGGAUUAAUAAAGUAUUUUUGAAUUGAAUUGAAUUGAAUUGUCUUGUGUAUGGUGUUUAACGUUUUCACUGCUGUACAACAAAUUUACCUUUGAGUGACAAUAAAAGUCUGAACUGAAAAGAA